UCUGGAUGCAGGGCCUCCGGUUACCCCCGUCCACCACCCCCACCACCACCAGGACCCCGGCCACCCUCCAUCCCAGGCGCUGCAUGUCUUGGUAAUCUCGCGCUUCCGGACGCCUGACGAUAAACGUUGCGAGGCUGACACAAUCAAGAAAGAGGCCCACCGGGUGGCGUGUAACAGAAGAGUAUUAAACCGAGCGGAGGGGGAAAGCGAGCGUUUUCUAUCCCAUCCCGUGCUGAAAUCACCUUCAUAAUUUAUGUCCUGGUCUUUCAUGAUCGUAUGACUUUUGUUCUUGCCUGUUCUCAACCCUACAUUGACAUUUCCUCUGCACAUCAUGGUCCGCGCACUCAUCCUCGAUCUCGGCGAUGUCCUCUUCAACUGGGACGCGCCUGCGUCCACCCCCAUUUCACGCAAGACCCUCGGCCAGAUGCUGCAUAGUGAGAUCUGGGGUGAGUAUGAACGUGGCCAUUUGACAGAAGACGAGGCAUACAACGCACUCGCGAAGCGGUAUUCCUGCGAGGCCAAGGAUGUCGCACAUACCUUUGUCCUGGCACGAGAAUCGCUGCGGCUCGACACGAAAUUCAAAACGUUUCUGCAGACUCUAAAGCAGAAUGCCAACGGCUCCCUUCGUGUCUAUGGCAUGUCGAAUAUAUCGAAACCGGAUUUCGAAGUCCUGCUGGGCAAGGCCGAUGACUGGACUCUGUUUGACAAGAUCUUCCCCUCUGGCCAUGUCGGUAUGCGCAAGCCAGAUCUUGCCUUCUUCCGCUAUGUGCUCAAGGACAUUUCAACGCCUGUCGAGGAUGUGGUGUUUGUUGACGAUAACCUGGACAACGUGACGAGUGCUCGGUCUCUGGGCAUGCGCAGCGUCCUCUUUCAUAAGAAAGACGAGGUCCAGCGACAGCUCACCAACAUCUUUGGCAGCCCUGCUGAGCGGGGCUUGGAGUAUCUCUCCGCCAACAAGACGAAUCUGCAGAGUGCUACCACGACAGAUAUCCCAAUCCAGGAUAACUUUGGCCAACUUCUGAUUCUCGAGGCCACUGAAGACCCAUCGCUGGUCCGCAUGGAGCCCGGUAAGCGAACCUGGAAUUUCUUCAUCGGUUCUCCAUCCCUCACAACCGACACCUUCCCCGACGAUCUCGACACCACAUCCCUUGCCCUCUCCAUCGUACCCACAAGCCCCGACGUCGUCAACUCGGUCAUCGACGAGAUUAUCAGCCGUCGCGACAAGGACGGUAUCGUCCCGACUUACUUCGACAACACCCGCCCCCGCGUGGACCCAAUCGUCUGCGUAAACGUCCUCUCCAUGUUCGCAAAGUACGGCCGCGAGCACGACCUCCCCGCAACAGUUGCGUGGGUCCGCGACGUCUUGUAUCAUCGAGCAUACCUCGGCGGAACACGGUACUACGGGUCAGCUGAGGCCUUCCUCUUCUUCUUCACUCGCUUCGUUCGCAACCUCCGACCGGGAACUCUCAAGCAGGAUCUACACGCAUUGCUAUCAGAGCGCGUGCGCGAGCGACUCAAUACCCCCGUCGACGCACUCGCCCUGUCAAUGCGCAUCCAGGCCUGUCAUGCGCUGGGCUUUGACGCCCCCGCAGACAUUGCGACGCUCAUCACAAUGCAGGACGAGGACGGCGGGUGGCCGGCAGCCGUCAUCUACAAGUACGGGGCCGGGGGGUUGGGGAUCACGAACCGGGGUGUUUCGACUGCGUUUGCCGUAAAGGCGAUUACAGGGUCGCCCGUGAAGACUGAAACCAACAUAGGCGGCGAUGGAGCUCGCGCUGUCUCGGCCAUGUCCUCCUUGGAGGCGAGGAGGCUACAGCCGAUCUCGUCGGUUGGGGACUGGGUGCGGUUUAUCAUUGCGUCGUUGCAUGUCCAUCUGGCUUGGCUUUGGAAUGUUUUGCUUUUGAGCAAGGUUGUUUGAGCUUUAGAUAGAGGGCUGCUUUGGUUUAGUUUGGUUAGGCUUGUAAUUCAGGUUUUUGGUGCGUUUCUGGAUCGACUAGACUGUGAAUCCUAGAGAAUACUGUUGGGCUCUUCUAAGAGACUAUUAACC